UUGAAUCCCUGACAUUCAAUAAGUGAAUUGUAGCUGAGAUCUUUUGGUUUUCUCCAUCGAUUUGAUUAGGACUCUGAAACCUCCAACAGUUGAACAUGGCGUCUAAACUUUUCUGGACCAUCACGGUGUUCGCCUUUGUCGCGGCUCUCGCCGCCGCGUUGCCACUCGACGACGAGACAGAUGACGAGGAGUUCGAAAUGGCGCUAAAUCUCCUUGAAAAACGGACUAACGAACUCGACUUCGAAGCAGAUGACGAUUUCCUGAACGAGGCGGGAGACGUGGAGAAAAGGGGUAGAGGGAAGGGAAAAGGAAAGGGACAGGGAAGAGGGCGUUUCGUGCGUUGCAUCCACCGGGUAUCCGGCCAUAGCUGCAUCUGUGACAUGAGAAAGAAUAGGAAUAAUCCGAAGUUCUACAGGGUCUGUGGCGGGCAAAAUCUAAAUCAGAUAUAAUCAUCAUUUGUAAUUUUCUAUAUAUAUCUACAACGGGACGAUGCCUUGAAGUAUACCCAGGUGAUGCUGCACCGAGAGCCUGGUUGUCAUGGAAACACAUUAAUGAGUUUUCUUCUAAUGAAAUAUUUCUAACAACUGAAAUUCAAUUUUAAGGAAUGUCUGUUCAACACUUUUUGUUUGUAAUAAUUAAAAUGUAUCUGUCGAUCGCCAGUCAUGAAAGAAGAAAACAUUAAAGUUCAAUUUCAUGGAAAA